CGCACCGAUUCCCCGAACGGGAGCACUGUUACGGACGGAGCGCUUCGCUGCGUGUGUCAGCGUGAAUGUGCGAGACUCCGCGGUGACUGACCGCUCACUUUGUGUCUGGGGGACUCCUAUCGGAAGUAUCCGCGUGUGGUCCACGCCACGGGAUUACGCGAGCACCAGCCAAACAUGUCAAGGCAUCAGAGGACCCCCUUAAGAAACGCUGACAACGUGAUCGAGGUCAAAAGCAAAUUCGAGGCAGAGUACAGGCGCUUUGCGCUGAAGCGGGCCAGCACCAGCGGCUUCCAGGAGUUCUACCGGCUGCUGCAGUCUGUGCACCGCAUCCCCGGUGUGGACGUGUUGCUGGGAUAUGCCGACGUCCACGGCGACCUGCUGCCCAUCAACAACGAUGACAACUUCCACAAAGCCCUGUCGUCUGCCAACCCGCUGCUGAGGAUCAUCAUUCAGAGGAGAGAUGUGGACGAGCCCCCGGUCUUCGGCACCAACUCCCUGCAGAGGAAGAAGAAGGGUCUGCCGGGGCUGAGGCCAGCCCCGCAGAAGGGCAAGCCGGCGCUGCUGAUCGGCCUGCCACAGGACUUCCGGCAGAUCUCCUCCAUCAUCGACGUGGACAUCCUGCCGGAGACGCACCGCCGGGUCCGCCUGCACAAGCACGGCUCUGACAAGCCGCUGGGCUUCUACAUCCGGGAUGGGGUGAGCGUGCGGGUCACCCCGCAGGGCGUGGAGAAGGUGCCAGGCGUGUUCAUCUCCCGGCUGGUGCGGGGCGGUCUGGCGGAGAGCACCGGCCUGCUGGGUGUCAACGACGAGAUCCUGGAGGUCAACGGCAUCGACGUGGCGGGCAAGUCGCUGGACCAGGUGACGGACAUGAUGGUGGCCAACAGCCACAACCUGAUCGUGACGGUGAAGCCAGCCAACCAGCGCAACAACGUGGUGCGCGUCAGCAAGGCGUCGGGGAACAGCUCGGGCUCGGGCUUCUCGCAGGACUCCACCCCCAGCCCCGCCUCCCAGUACGUCAGCCACUACAGCAGCAGCACGGCGGAGGGCGAGAGCGAUGACGAGGCUGACCUCAUCAUCGAGAGCGACAGCCUGCCGCCCUAUCUGCCCACCCACUUCGCCAAUGGCAACGGUGGCCACGGCUCCGGCGACGCGGCGCCCUCGUCGUCAGGGCUGCGGCCCCUCCCGCAGAGCUCCUCCCUCCACAGCGGCUCCCUCUCAGACAGCAAGGCCUCCCUCAGCUCGCUCACCCCCCCCACACACAAUGGCAGCCCCGCCAAGGCCAGCAGCAGCCAGGAGAGCAUGCGCGAGGACGGCAACGUCAUCACGCUGUGAGGCCCCGCCCCCUUCCUUCAGGAGCCCCGCCCCCGCCUCUGAAAGGGGAGGAGUCACAGACACCUGGAAGCAAACGAAAAAAAAACAAAACAAUCAACACAAUAGGAUUCCACUACCCAUGGAUAUCAGCUCUUUUUUAAAAAACUAAUACCUCAUUUCUGUAUCAGUGAAGGCAUAUCUGGGAGCAGAACGGUGAUGCCGAUGUUUGGUCUAAAAGUGCCCGAUGUUACUUCCAUGCAUCUAAAGCGGAUGGAACCGGAGGCUUGAAGCGCCGAGGUUUGGGCGGGGCGUGGCGACCGGCUGCGGGCGGGCCGAACAGAGGUGCCUUGCAUUUUUUCACUCCUCUCGCCUUAUUAGUGUUUCCUCUUUUCUUUCUGCGCACACCGCCGCAGACUCCGGCCCCCUUCCCCCAGCGGGCAGGACGGGGGCAGCCGCUCAGCGCUCAGGGGAGGAGUGGACUCGCGGGGCAUGGCCUCACCCCGCCAGAGAGCGGGGGAAUGUUCUGGAACAGCCGCCAGCAUCACACGGGACAGAGACGCUCGUCACUGAGGGUGGUGGCGACCACCACACUGCUCCACGUCUCUGACUCCUGCUGCUGCUGGCUCUGGAAGGGGAAGCCUUUAAACUUGUCUGUCAUUUUAUUUCGUUUAUUCUUUCUGUCGAGUGCGGUUUUUAAGUGUAUAAACAUGUAUGGCUCAGCAGCACGACACGAACCAACAGAAACACGUUGUCGUGGCAACCAUCUCACUGCACACAGUGUACCUGAUUUCCUGUCUCUACCAACAGCAGCCAAUGAAAUGGCUGCAAUGCUCACCUGUCUGUUUCCCUCUUGAGAGGGUUGGAAAUUCAUCUGUCCCGUCAAAACCGAGAUACCGUAACCCUGACCCCGACCCCCAACCCCUGACCCCUGACCCC